GCCAACUUUGAUGCACUUGCUGCUACUCGUCUCAAAGGAAUGGUUAGUCUUGCAAAGUCUAAGGGAAAACAACCUGAGUGGAUUCUGUUCAGUGGGAUCCCACGAUUGAGCAUCUAGUUAAAGCCAACUUUGAUGCACUUGCUGCUACUCGUCUCAAAGGAAUGGUUAGUCUUGCAAAGUCCAAGGGAAAACAACCUGAGUGGAUUCUGUCUGACCAUUGGGAAAAAAUGGUAGAUUACUGGAAGACUCCAAAAGCCAAAGAAAAAAGCGAGAAAGCUCGUACUUCACGAUUAUUUAGUCGUGAUGGUUUAGGCCCACAUUGUCACAGAGCGGGAUCACGUUCUUAUGCAAAAGUGAAAGAUGUUUUGGAAGCAAAUAAUGAAGACUCUUCCUUUAUUGCUGUGAUGAGAAAGACGCACCAAAAAUCCGAUGGGUCCUAUGUUGAUGAGUGAGCACGACUAAUUGCUGAAGCAUAUGAUGAACAUCUUCUAGAACGCUUGGCACAAAUGGAGUCCUCUAAUGGAGAGGUUUUGACAAUGGAUUCUCUGACCAUCGAGGAGAAAAAUGACAUCUAUGUUAAGAUUGCUGGUAUAUCGAAACUAGGUCGUGUAUUUGGACGUGGAUCACUCCAAAGUGGGAUUUCUAUGUCUUUGGAUGGUUCGGCUGUGCCCCCUCAAGCUACUGAAGAAGUAGGAACAUUAAUGCUAAGAGAUCAAGAGCUGGAAAUGGAAUUGCAAAAGAGUCGUGAAGAUAAUGUGGUUAUUCAGAAACGACUUGAUUCUAUGGAGAAACUGAUUCAAUCAUUUGCAGGUCCCAGUGGAUCAAAUGCAGCAGCUCCACAAACUUCCAUGGGUGUUGGUUCGUUUGCUCAUGCUACGUAGUUUGGUUUUACUUAUGUUUGCUAAUGCUACUUUCCUUAUUUGCUUCCGUUUAUGUUGUUAAGUUUAUUUGCUUAUUUGCUUCCGUUUAUGUUGUUAAGUUUAUUUGCUUCCGUUGUAUGUUUGGAUGUUGAUUUGGUAAUUUAAUCAUUUCUAUUAUUUAUCAAA